UUUGUUGGUUGGCAGUAGUGAAGAUGGCGGCGUCAGGGAGGAGUACAUUAUUAUCCUCCAACAACAGUGGACUAAACAGCACAGCCGAACAACCAAACACUGAAGACGAAGAUGGACAGGAUUUAUGGUCUGCUAUUCUGAGCGAAGUAUCGACGCACUCCAGAUCUAAACUACCGUCCGGGAAAAAUGUGCUGGUCAUGGGGGAGGUGGGGUCGGGGAAGACAACCCUGGUUGCUAAGCUACAGGGUGUGGAGGAUUUCCUGAAGGGGCGUGGCCUGGAGUACCUCUACUUUAGUGUCCAUGACGACGAUAUUGACGACCAAACCAGGUGUAAUGCCUGGGUGUUAGAUGGGGAUCUGUACCAUAAAGGUCUGCAGUCUGUUGCCGUGCAACGAGAGGCGCUAGGUGACUCGUUGCUAUUGGUUACCGUGGACCUGUCGCGGCCCUGGGUCGCCAUGGAAUCGCUUCAGAAGUGGGCGGCCAUCGCUAGGGAACAUAUCGACAAGCUCCGGGUCCCCCCGGAAACACUGAGGGAGCUGGAGAACAGAAUGGCCAGACAGUUCCAGGAGUAUGUGGAGCCUGGCGGGGAGGAGAGCAGCCCCCAGAGGAGGAGUGAGGAGGAGGAGAACGUUCUGCUGCCGCUCGGAGAAAACACACUCACACACAACCUGGGUCUACCCAUGGUGGUGGUCUGCACUAAGUGCGAUGCCAUCAGUACGUUGGAGAAGGAGCAUGACUACAAAGACGAACACCUGGACUUUAUCCAAUCAUACAUCAGACGCUUCUGUCUACAGUACGGCGCGUCUCUGCUGUAUACGUCGGUUAAGGAGAUGAAGAAUGUGGAUGUUCUGUAUAAAUACCUGGUUCACAGACUCUACGGUUUACCCUUCCACUAUCCUGCUCAACUGGUGGAGAAAGACACCGUCUUCAUUCCGUCAGGGUGGGACAAUGAAAAUAAGAUUUCUAUCCUCCAUGAGAACUUCCAAACGCUGAAACCAGACAACAACUUUGAAGAGGUCAUCGUCAAACCGCCUGUCAGAAAGUUUGUUCAUGAGAAGGAGAUUCAGGCUGAAGAUGACCAGGUGUUUCUGCUCAAGUUGCAGUCGCUGCUCUCCAAACAGCCUCCUGCGUCUGCCGGGCGACCAGGGGAAUCCAGCAGUAGUAGAGGUCCCAGUGGUUCUCCCAGGACCAGUAAUCGUUCAGCUGCAGCCAACGUAGCUAACACCAUGCCCCAAUCAGCAGGUCAGACCAGUGAGGGGGUGCUGGCUAACUUCUUCAACAGUCUUCUGACCAAGAAGGCCGGAGCAUCGCCACCCGGCAACAGCACACCAGGGACUGUUCGCAAGUCAGGUUCUAAGCUGGGUCUGAGUGAUGUCCAGGCGGAGUUGGACAGGAUCAGCUGCAGAGAGAACGAUGAGACCAACAACAGCAACACUAACAACCCUAACCCCAGUACUGAGACCAACGAAGAUCAGACAUGAACAGACCACCUCCCUCUUCCUCACCCCACAGACCAGACGUGAAGAGAACAAACCUCACCAUCCACCCCCCUCCUCACCACCCAGGCAGACCACAGACCAGACAUGAACAGACCACCUCCCCUACCUUACCCCUCCUCAACCCCAGACCAUACAUGAAGAGACCAGACCUCACCCUCCUCCCCUUCUCACCUCUCCUGACCUCCCCUCCUCACCCUCCAGUGAGACCACCACAGACCAAAUAUGAAGACACAUUACCCCUACCUCAUUCCCCAGACCAGACAUGAAGAGACCAGACCUCACCCCAACAGACCA